CAAUUUUAACACAGGGAGGCGUACCGUAAAGUUGCCCGUUCACGUAGAGUAAAGGGUCGCUGUCCGUUGUUAAUUCAGUCUUUCCUUCAUCUCUUUAUCUCCGCGCAAAUUUCCUUUAAAUCAACCUUACUAAGUGAACCAGUACACAUUCAAAAUGAAUCCCGAGUAUGAUUAUCUUUUCAAACUUCUCCUGAUUGGUGAUUCUGGAGUUGGAAAAUCAUGCCUUUUGCUCCGAUUUGCUGAUGACACUUACUCCGAGAGCUACAUCAGUACCAUUGGUGUGGAUUUCAAAAUUCGGACAAUAGAUUUGGACGGAAAGACUAUUAAAUUACAAAUUUGGGACACUGCUGGUCAAGAAAGAUUCAGAACAAUAACUUCCAGUUAUUACCGAGGUGCUCAUGGUAUCAUUGUCGUCUAUGAUUGCACGGAUCAAGAGUCAUUUAACAACGUAAAGCAGUGGCUCCAGGAAAUUGAUCGCUAUGCGUGUGAAAACGUCAACAAACUUUUGGUUGGUAACAAGUGUGACUUGAGCACUAAAAAGGUCGUCGAUUACGCCGCAGCCAAAGAAUACGCAGAACAAUUAGGCAUACCUUUCCUAGAGACAUCGGCUAAGAACGCAACGAAUGUCGAACAAGCAUUCAUGACCAUGGCGGCUGAGAUCAAGAAUCGAAUGGGUCCUCCAUCUGCCCCUUCUGAUGGUGUUGGCGGAAUCAACAUAAACUCUUCCUCUAGACCGGUGGAACAAUCGAAAUCGGGAUGUUGUUAAUGGAAUAGGGAAAAAGAAAUCAAGACAACCAACAUAAAACAAAAAAAUAUAACAAAAAAAAAAAGCAAAUAUUCGCAACCUCCUCCUCCUUGUUUCCCGUUUCUUGGCCUCUCAACCAAAGUCUAAAGUUGAAAACAAAAAAUUACCAAUUUUCUUUCUUUUUUCACUUCUCUCGAGUCGCAUUGAUCGAUUGUUAUCCCAUGCGUAUCUAUUCUUGCACCCAUGAGAGAAUAAGAAAAAAAUCUAAAUAG